GCCGGGGGUCAGCAGCUUUUUCAGGUGUACAAAUUUGUGACUGGACAAUUUCAGACAUGCAGUGCUCACCAUGGAGUGUUCCAGCACAUCUCUGUUGUUCUGUGAGUAAUCAGACAUGCAAAUAGCCCCACAAGAAUCCAGCUACAUUUGAAAAAGACGUACUUAGAAGCACUGAAAAGUGUAUCAUGGAGUGCAAAGCUGAGGGAAAAGAAAAAUACCAACAUAGUUUGAAUUUAUUGAAUCAAGUUAAGAACAUGAAAGAAUUAGCAGAAAUGAUUGAUGUUGUACUCAUAGCAGAAGGGGAGAAAUUUCCUUGCCACAGGCUGGUCCUGGCUGCAUUUAGUCCUUAUUUCAAAGCUAUGUUCACCUGUGGACUACUUGAAUGUACUCAAAGGGAAGUCAUACUUUAUGAUAUCACAGCAGAAAGUGUGUCCGUGAUACUGAAUUACAUGUACAAUGCGGCUUUAGAGAUCAAUAACAACAAUGUGCAGACCGUAGCUAUGGCUGCCUAUUUUAUGCAGAUGGAAGAAAUCUUCAACGUGUGUCAAAAAUAUAUGAUGGACCAUAUGGAUGCCUCGAACUGUGUGGGUAUCUAUUAUUUUGCAAAGCAGAUUGGAGCUGAAGAUUUAUCUGAUCAGUCGAAGAAAUAUUUGUAUCAGCACUUUGCUGAGGUGAGCUUACAUGAAGAAAUACUAGAAAUCGAAGCACACCAAUUUCUGACGCUUAUUAAAUCGGAUGACCUUAACAUAUCCAGGGAGGAGAGCAUUCUGGACUUAGUCCUGAAAUGGGUAAAUCAUAACCAAGAAUUGCGCACGGAGCAUCUGGUUGAACUUUUGAAGCAAGUCCGGUUGGAACUUAUAAAUCCUUCUUUUUUAAGACAAGCCCUAAAAAGGAACACAAUGCUUCUGUGUGACGCGGAUUGCAUUGACAUAAUUCAGAACGCAUUCAAAGCCAUCAAGACACCCCAGCAGCACUCUCUGAAUCUUCGUUACGGCAUGGAGACUACCAGUCUUUUGCUUUGCAUUGGCAACAAUUCUUCAGGCAUCAGGUCAAGACACAGGAACUAUGGGGACGCCAGUUUUUGUUACGAUCCCGCUUCACGAAAGACCUAUUUUGUCUCGUCUCCCAAGUACGGAGAGGGCUUGGGAACUGUGUGUGCCGGUGUGGUCAUGGAAAACAACACCAUAAUUGUGUCUGGAGAAGCAAGUGCCUCUAAACUCUCUAGACAAAAGAAUAAGAAUGUUGAAAUCUAUAGAUAUCACGACAGAGGAAACCAGUUUUGGGAAAAGUUAUGCACCGCGGAAUUUCGAGAGCUCUAUGCUCUGGGCAGUGUCCAUAAUGACCUCUAUGUUAUAGGAGGACAGAUGAAAGUCAAAAACCAGUAUCUCAUUACAAACUGUGUGGAUAAGUACUCUGUAGAACGGGACAGUUGGAGAAGGGUUUGUCCCCUUCCACUGCAGUUGGCAUGCCAUGCCGUAGUAACCGUGAAUAAUAAACUUUACGUGAUCGGAGGCUGGACCCCUCAGAUGGAUCUCCCUGAUGAAGAACCAGAUCGACUAAGCAACAGACUGUUGCAGUAUGACCCCGGCCAAGAUCAAUGGAGAGAGCGGGCGCCCAUGAAGUUCUCUAAAUACCGAUUCAGUACAGCAGUAGUCAACAGUGAGAUUUAUGUUUUGGGUGGAAUUGGCUGUGUAGGUCGAGACAAAGGCCAGGUUCGAAAGUGCCUUGAUGUGGUGGAGAUCUAUAACCCUGAUGGGGACUUCUGGAGAGAGGGCCCACCUAUGCCAAGUCCCCUGCUCUCCCUCCGAACCAAUUCCACCAAUGCAGGAGCCGUGGAUGGGAAGCUCUAUGUCUGCGGGGGAUUCCACGGAGCAGGGCUGACGCUUGAAGAACACGUGGAAGUGGAUGGCGACCAGAAGUGCUGGGUUUUAUUGCUGUCCUUGUUGACCAAGAGAGCCGGCCCUCAGAGGACAUGCUUCUCCCUUCUCCACUGCUCCCACUUCAAAUAAAUUGCUUGAAAGCAUUUCUAAAGUAAUGCCUAAUGCAUGUAUUUAUUACCACACUUAGUUCCCACCUAUCAAAUUGUACCAUCUUUGCAAUAUACAGUAUGGAUUUAUCAUUUUUAACGUAACGGGGACAUUUUUAAAUACGCACAAAGCUAAUAAGCAACUUCCUGCAAAGCUUGAUUGGUUGCAUCAGUAAAUAAGGCAGAGUGCAGUUAUAUUAAAAUGACUAACUGUUCAAUUCUAACCUCGCUAAUAGAAGCACUAGGCCAGUACAUAGCCAUGAAAAGCAUGCCUUGAGAGCACUUCAAACUUUGGAAGGGUGCCAGAUUCAAAUAAAGCUGACAUUGCAACAAGGCCAAGUCUUUAAUAAGCCCACCUUCAUUUUUAAUGUACAUCGUUAUAUGGAAGUUAAAGAAUGAGGUUAUCAUUAAGAACUAAAAAGAGACAGGAGAUAAAUGAACCAAAUACAAUGAGUGGGACUUAUUUGGCUCUUGAUCUGGACAAAUCUUGCAUAAAAAGAUAUUUUUCAGAUAGUCUGGAAAAUUUUAACAUGGACUAGAAUAUUAGAGGAUAGUAGGGAAUUGUUCAUUGUUAGGUUAUGAUAAUAGUGACAUUGUGGGUUUGUAUAAAGGAGAAAGGAAAAAGAAGCAUGUGAACAAUUAGAGAUCAUUUAAAUGUAUUCAUGGGUGACAAGGAUAUGCUGUCUGAAACUCACUUUCAUCUACUCCAGCAAAUACUUUUUUUAAAAAGUCAAUGGAGUGAGGGGGGCAAGAGCAGAUUUUAUGGCAUCGGUAAAAUGUCGAUAAUUGUUAAAGUUGGCUAAUGGAUGCAUCAGCACAUCAUUUCACUACUUCUGUGUACGCUUGAACAUUCCCAUAAUAAAAAGCUUUCAUUUCCCUUUUCCCUCU